GUCAAGUCCUUCCUUUGUUCUCAUCCACCACCGUUCGUGAACCGCUAGAAUGGCAUUUGCGUCCAACACGUCGGCCUUUGGGUCCAGCGCGUUCGGACAAAAGCCUACAGGUGGCUCCUCCAUCUUUGGGACGCCCAGCACGACGACAACACAAAAUGCCUUCAGCGCAUUCGGACAGAACAACGCGCAACAACAGCAGCAACCAGCAACCAGCUCCGUGUUUGGCCAGCCCUCACAACCUACAUCAUCUCUGUUCGGACAGCCAUCUCAGCAGCAGCAGCAGCCAGCCGCGUCGACAUCACUUUUCGGACAGCCGUCCCAACCGCAGGCUACGACAAACUCAUUAUUUGGUCAGCCUGCUCAACAACAGCAGAAUACCUCUUCUCUGUUUGGUCAGAACCAAAAUCAACCUGGUACAUCGUCACUAUUCGGCCAAGUUGCCAAGACCGGGACUACAUCUCUGUUUGGCCAGCCAUCACAGCCCGCUGCAGGCACUACGUCGCUAUUUGGCCAACCAUCGCAGCCAGCAACGACCACAGGCACUACGUCCUUGUUUGGUCAGCCGUCGCCACAGCAAGCACCUGCGACCAGUUUAUUUGGGCAGUCCACAGCGGGUCAACAGAACCAGACACAAGGGUCGUCGAUCUUUGGUAGUAACACCAAUUCUACGUUUGGGGCAGGCCCGUUCGGUGGCAGCAACCAAACUCAGCAGCAGCAACCCGCUGCCAAUAUUUUCGGCAACCCUUCGACGAAUGCUCUUCAGAGUCAGCCUACCGCGCCCGCUUUUGGUGGCGGAGGAUCAUUGUUUGGGAGGCCACAACAAACCACGUUUGGUUCGACCACUGGCACCCAAGCACCGGUCCAAGCCUCAGGCCCACCAUUAUUCACAAAAACGACUAAAUUCAAUGAUUUACCAGAGGAAAUUAAACGCACGUUUGAACAAAUCGAAUCCCACAUCCAAGGUCGCGUACAAAUUAGUAAAGACCUUCAACAGCGAAAUCUGGGCGAGGAACCUUCAAAGGGUCAGGAGCUCAUCCGUGGAGUGCACAAAGACCUUGUGAAUACUGUCUCGACCAUACGUUCCGACCUGCAUUAUACCAAGGAUUUGAAGGCAAAGGCUGAGCAAGCAGUAGAGGAUACGAUAGUAUCAAUGCGCAUCAUAGAUGGUUUCGGGAACCCACAAGCCAACGGCGCCUAUCUGAAAGAUCACGCUUCGUUCCCUUUCGAGUUCUUCAAUCGACUGUCGAAGCAAAUGUGCGAAAGGCUCGCUUGGUGUAAGAACACAAUAGAGCAAAUCGAACGUAAGCUGUCGUCCAUGGCUCAUCAGUCACAGUACACCCCUCACGGUAUAUCGGCCACGCUCCAAGUGCAGCAUGCCACCUUCCUAGCGUUAGCAAGCAAAACAGCUGUCCUGGAUGCUGAACUGCAAAAGAUCAAGGGUUUGUACAUCCAACUUUGGCGCUCUCGAACUGGUAGUGUAAGAGACCCUUUCAAUGAAUUAGAUAUGGACAAAAAUAUUGCGAAGGGGUCUGAUUUGGGUUUGAGUGGCCUCAGCGUUCGAUAACAACAGAUCAUGUCCACUUGUAGAUUUUUAGCGGUUCUCAAUGUUUGUUCUUACGUUGUGCUUGGUCUGAAUGAUAAAAUAUUUGCGGUCAAAU